AUGAGUACGCGAUGUCCGACAGAAGUGACUGGGGCGAGAUGGCAAGGGACAGUGUGCGAAGUGUUGUCAUCCCGUAACUUCCUGCAACGUAGGUCGACGGCGAGGCCGAAUUUGCUAAGGAAGUCGAUGCCAAUUAUGGGUUUCUGGACGUCUGCAAUGGUGAAGAUAAAAGGAAAUACGCAUCGUAAACCAAGGUUUAGGUGCAACAGCCUCUGGCCGUAUGUCGCGAUCUUA